AUGGCUGACUUUUCCUACCACCAACAAUCACAAUCUACUCAACCAUCCUUUCGCUUUCGCUACCGUGAUGAUCCACACCAACAAACCCUUUGCACCCAGGUGGCUAAGGCAGCCACAGCUGUCACCACCGGUGGCUCCCUCCUUGUCCUUGCUGCCUUAAUCUUGACCGGCACAGUCAUUUCUCUGACAGUUGUUACUCCACUAUUUAUCAUUUUCAGUCCUGUUUUGGUUCCUGCAGUCAUCGCAGUUGUCCUCCUGAACCUUGGAUUCUUGGUCUCAGGUGGGUUUUGUGUGAUGGCUAUCACUGUGUUGGCAUGGAUAUAUGGAUAUGUGACUGGGAAGCACCCACCUGGUGCUGAUCAAUUGGACAGUGCUCGUCACAUGCUCUUGAACAAAGCACGAGAGAUCAAGGACUAUGGACUAACCCAGCAAAUCAGUGGUGGAGCUCAGACUUAUUAA